AUGCUAUACUCAAGCUCUGCUCACGGGCGUUCACUGCAACGACUGAUGAGCAACUCGGGUGUCUAUCCAGGUCCUACAGUGCUCAUCAUCAAGGACACUGCGGGCCGUGUGUGGGGAGCAGCUACGGGCAAUACCUUGGACUGGUCUAAGAACACGAUUGUCCCUAGUGGGACUGAGCAUGGUGGAUACGAGCUUUUCAACAAGAUCGCGGUCACGACAACCCUAUUCCAAUUGGAGCCCGAGGUCCGAGUCAUCAGAGGGCGCACGCGGUCCAGUGCGGACAACUAUGUCUAUGUGAACGCUAAGAACAAGCUGCGAGAGAAGGGCCUCGGAUUCGGUGGCAGGAGUGGUGGGGAGGGCGACUGUCGUGUGUGGAUUAACGAGGACCUGACCAAGGCCAGUGUGAUGAGUUACGAUGCCACUUAUGAUGCUGGACAGAUCCUUAGUGCUGUCAGUGAUGAUGACGAUGAUGACAGUUUGAGAGAGUCGGACAUUAGUGACAUUGCAGUCCUGGGUGGAGGCGGCGCUGGUGCGUUGAAGAUGCGCGAUGAGCAGAUGGAGAGGGACAGGCAGGCGAAGGAUGACUCUAGGAAGGUUGAUCUGAAGCGUUUCAUGAAGGUCACUGAGUUCGACAAGGAACAGUUGCUUUCUAAUACCUUUGGGGCUACCGCUGACGCCCGAGCCGCCAUUCGAGAGCAGCGUGGUGAAAAUGACGGCCAUUGAUUCUUAAAAAUUAUGAUGAUAGUUCGCCUGG